AUGGGCCCCAGAGCGGGGGUCAUGCUCCACCCUGUGUGGGGACUGCUGGGCUGCUGUUUCCUCUGCAGCUGGGCUCUGGGAGGUCCGCGGCCCCUCCGCUCUGGGCCACCUCUGUCCUCCCAUGUCCAACCGGGGUCUGGGCCCCUGUGGGUGCCCCUAGAGGGAGCCGAGGCAGCCCUGGCUUUUCUCUACUCUGGAGACACCCAACAGCUGUCGGGGGCUAAUUGCAGUGAACGCUACGAAGCCCAGGGCGCAGAAGCCAGCCCAGGGCUCCCCCCAGUGCUAUGGAGGGCAGCGGGCACCCUUGCCCAGGCUGCUAAUUUCCUCAACAUGCUGCUGCAGGCCAACGACAUCCGCGAGUCCAGUGUGGAGGAGGAUGUAGAGUGGUACCAGGCACUGGUCCGCAGCGUGGCCGAGGGGGACCCAAGGGCGUACCGGGCUUUUCUGACCUUUGACCCUCCGCCAGGGGCCAGCCACCUGCCUCUGGCCCUACAGGCCACACGGAUGGGGGAGGAGACCCUCCUUCAGGACUUGUCUGGGACCAGAGUUCAGGAGGAGAGCCCAACCCGGGCCCCGGACACCUCUGCCCUACAGAAGCGUGUGCUGACCAAUGACCUCGGGAGCCUCGGCAGCCCCAAGUGGCCACAGGGGGAUGGCUAUGUGGGGGACAUGAGGCAUGUGAAGCUCUCUCCUCCCUUCCUGGAGUGCCAGGAGGGCCGGCUCCGUCCUGGCUGGCUUGUCACUCUUUCUGCCACCUUCUAUGGUCUCCAGCCAGACCUCAGCCCAGAGGUCAGGGGGCAGGUGCAGAUGGACAUAGACCUUCAGAGCGUGGACAUCAAUCAGUGUGCCAGUGGGCCAGGCUGGUACUCCAACACACACCUGUGUGAUCUCAACAGCACCCAGUGUGUCCCCUUGGACAGUCAGGGCUUUGUCCUCGGCCACUACCUCUGCCGCUGCCGACCUGGUUUCUACGGGGCAAGCCGCUCCGGGGGGUUGGGAGAGAGUGCUGCCCAGCCUGCUGGGCAAUUCGGGGCCCCACAUGGCAGCUCCGGGAGGCUGCUGCGGUGCCAGCCGUGUGCCGAGGGCUGCACCAGCUGCAGGGACGCUAGGCCGUGCCUGGUGGAGGAAGCCUCGGCACUGCGGGCAGCCGUGCUGGCCUGUCAGGCCUGCUGCAUGCUGGCGGUCUUCCUGAGCAUGCUGCUCUCCUACAGAUGCCGCCGGAGCAAGAGGAUCCGAACCUCUGGAGUUGUCCUGCUGGAAGCCAUCCUUUUUGGAUCCCUGCUGCUCUACUUCCCUGUCUUCAUUCUGUACUUCAAGCCCAGUGUAUUCCGCUGUAUCGCUCUCCGCUGGGUCCGGUUGCUGGGUUUUGCCACUGUCUACGGCACCAUUAUACUCAAGCUUUAUAGAGUUCUCCAGCUGUUUCUGUCUCGCUCGGCCCAGCGGGGCCCCCACCUCAGCAAUGGGCGGCUGCUGCAGCGGCUGGGGCUGCUCCUGCUGCUCAUGCUGGCCUUCCUGGUGGUGUGGACAGCGGGGGCCCUGGAAAGAGGCAGCCAUGCACCCCUGGUGGCCCGUGGCCACACUCCUGCGGGCCGUCACUUCUACCUCUGCCAUCAUGACCACUGGGAUUACAUCAUGGUUGUGGCUGAGGUGCUGCUCCUGUGCUGGGGCAGCUUCUUGUGCUACGCCACCCGAGCCGUUCCCUCCGCCUUCCAUGAGCCACGCUACAUGAGCAUCGCCCUGCACAACGAGCUGCUUCUCUCCUCUGCCUUCCACGCGGCCAGGUUUCUGCUGGUUCCCUCCCUGCACCCAGACUGGACCCUGCUCCUCUUCUUCUUCCACACCCACAGCACCGUCACCACCACACUGGCUCUGAUCUUCAUUCCUAAGUUCCAGAAGCCGGGGGCUCCUCCCCGAGAGGAGAUGGUGGAUGAGGUGUACGAGGAUGAGCUCGACCUGCAGCGCUCAGGCUCCUACCUGGACAGCAGCAUCGCUUCAGCCUGGAGCGAGCGCAGCCUGGACGCCGGAGACAUCCGGGACGAGCUGAAGAAGCUCUACGCCCAGCUCGAGGUCCACAAGACCAAGGAAAUGGCUGCAAACAACCCGCACCUGCCCAAGAAGCGGGGCAGCUCGCGCCAGGGCCUGGGCCGCUCCUUCAUGAGGUACCUGGCUGAGUUCCCGGAGGCCCUGGCCCGCCAGCACUCCCGGGACUCGGGCUCCCCCCGCCUGGGCAGCCUGCCUGGCUCCUCGCGCCGCCGGCUUCUCAGCUCCAGCUUCCAGAACCCCGACGGGACCCCGGCCCUGCGCAAGUCCCACAGCACCUACGACCACGAGCGCCAGGGUUACCACCGGGAGCAGGACCCACCGCUCCUUGACUCGCUGCUGCGCAGGAAGCUGGCCAAGAAGGCCUCGAGGGAAAGCAGGGAGAGUCGGGAGUCGGUGGAGGGGCCCCCUGCCCUGGGCUUCAGGUCCGCCAGCGCCCACAACCUGACAGUGUGCGAGAGGCUCCCCAGGGCCCGGCCCACAUCCCUGCAGAAGUCGCUCAGCGUGGUGGCAGGCUCCAGGGAAAAGGCCCUGCUCGUGGCCAGCCAGGCCUACCUGGAGGAGACCUAUCGGCAGGCCAAGGAGCGGGAGGAGAGGAAGAAGGCCGAGGCAGCCUUGGCGAGCCCAGUGAGGAGGCCAUCAGCCAGGAGGCUGGAGCGAGCUCGAGGGGCCCCCCUGUCAGCCCCACCAUCCCCGGCCAAGAGCCGCAGUGUGGACGGCUCCCACAAGGCUGCCGCUGCCACAGGGAGGCUUCAGGAGGAGGCUGCCAGGAGGCUGCCUCACCCGCCCGUCCGGCACCAGGUCUCCACACCCAUCAUGGCCCUGUCUGGAGCAGGCCUGGGAGAGCCAAGGAUGCUGUCUCCCACCUCCACCCUUGCUCCAGCUCUGAUGCCAGCUCCGGCCCCGGCCCCAGCCCCAGCCCCGGCCCCAGCCCCGGCCCCCGCCCCGGUCCCAGCCCCAGCCCCGACACCAGUCCCUGUCCUGGCACCAAUCCUCGUGCCCCCCCAAAGCCCCAACUUACUCCCGUUCAUCUGCCCCUGGGAGAAUGCAGAACUGCCAGUCAAGAAAGGAAAUGUGGCUCAAGAAAGCCCCUCAGGGACAGAGCGGAGCAGCCUCUCCCCUUCCCCAGCUCGGGCCAAGCUCUGGAGAGCCCUCUCUGUUGCAGUUGAGAAAAGGAGCACAGGGGAGAAUGCGGGGAACACAGAGGAUGGACGCCUCCAAGGGGGAGCUGAUGAGGGCGAUGAGGAUAAGUCUAAGGUCUUCUCUAAAUCCCACAGCCUCAAGACCCCCAUUCAGCAGGUUUCCGUGCACAGUCUAGGCCUGGCUAUCAAAGCUUUGACUCGUUCCCGGAGCACUCACAAAGAGAAGGAGAGCGGGGAAGGGAGUCCUGAGACAGAGGAGAAAGGCAGAGCUGCGGUGGAGGGCGAGGGUGUGGGGCCAUGCCCCAGGUCCCCCAGGCUAAGCCGGCCCAAGGCUGUGAGUAAGCAGGCCGCCCUUGCACCCUGUGAUGACGAGGAAUCCCUUCAGAACCAACAGAACGCUCACACCAGCAGAAUGCUUCAAGUCUGUCGCCGGGAGGGCAGCAGGGAACAAGAAGACAGAGGCAGGAGGACAUCCCACUGUCUAGGGGAGGGGAGAGGAGAGAGAGCAGGUAAAGCGGAGUCUGCUACGCUGAGGCAAGCCAGCCAAAGCACAGUUGGGGACAAAAGUGCUGAGGGAGCAAAAGAAGCCCCUUUUGGGUGGCGGGAACUGCCCAAAGCUGGCCUCCAGUCCCUGGGCAGAGCUGACCACAGGAUGGCAGAGAUGUGCCCCAGAGAAGUCACCCAGUCGGAAGUGUGUCAGCCUGACCAUGGCUACAAGGCCCAGAUCUGCCCCUGGGAGGCGAGUGAAGGAGCCCCUGAGAAGGGGGCAUUACGACAAAAUCUCGAUGACUCCCAAGAGAGAGGGAGAGCCUCAGAAAAGUCAGAGCCCCAAAAUGUGUUGGUUGUUGCUCGGAAAAAGCCAGAGAGGCUGGUCAGGGGGCAGGAGGCCGUGUGUCCCUGGGAGGGCGUCGAUCCUGGGAGUCCGUCCUGCUGGUCAGUCUCUCAGGACUCUGACGGAACCAAGGGCAGGUCUGAGGCAGUGGGCAGGAGAGAGGCUAGAGAGGUGAAGAAGCAUCAGCAGGAGGGCACAGGCCCAGAAGUUUGUACAGUUGACGCUGCCAAGGCAGAGCUCUGUCCCUGGGAGGCACGCGAGGGAGGGAAUGGCAAACCAUUCCAGGAGGGCAUGAAGAAGCUUCCCCAGGAAAAGCAGGAAACCUCCAAGAAAGCAACCUUCUGGAAAGAACAGAAACUGAGUGGAAACUUGGAGUCUUUUUGUCCGUGGGAGAGGACAGAUUUCCGGGGCCCCUCAGCAGUCUCCACUCCGGCCCCAGGAGCCCCUGGAUGCUCGGGGAGUGUGGGCAGUAGCAUCUCAGAAGUGUGUCCGUGGGAGGCAGGAGAUGCUCCUGCCAGGAAAGCAGAGAUCUGUCCCUGGGAGCUAGGUGAUGAGGUAGUGGGGAAGGAAAUGCUGAGUCAGGGGGCAGGGGGAAAUUUUCUCCAGGAAGAGGGGAAAGCCUCCAGACAGGCUUUCCCUGGAAAGCCUGGAGAGAUGGGAGAGAUGAGAGAACAGGCUGGGAAGGCAGUGCAGAAAAGGGAUCAGCAGCAGGAGUCAGUGUGUCCCCAGGAGACCUCAAACCCUGGGCCCUCCCGCCCAUGUCUAGAUAGUUCCUCAACCAAAGCUGGUGGCCAAUUCCUUAGCAAGGGAGGAAGCAGGGCAACACAGGUUGGUCCCUGGGAAGAUCUCAGGCCACAGCCAAAGGAAGUAACACCUGCCAGGGCAGAACUCUGUCCCUGGGAGGUGGAUGAAAGAAUAAGAGACAACUGGACAUUGGACCAGACAGCAAAAGCAAGAGAAUCUCAAAAGGACAAGGAGAAAGGGCCUGGGAUGUCAGGGGUCAAAGAUGGCACAGCAGGGGAAGAGCCUGAGGCACAGAUCCAAAAGCAGGAAGCAGUCUGUCCCUGGGAGAAUGUGGACCCUGGCAGCUUCUCCCCACAAUCAGGCCCUCAAGAAGCAGAUGGACCUAGAGCCAGUUUCCACAUGUCAGGCAGUGUGGGAAGCAAAGCUGCGGAGAUCUGUCCAUGGGAUAUGGAGGACACUGUGUCUGCUGAGAAGGCUGAGGUCUGUCCCUGGGAGGUGGGUGCUGGAGCAGGGCAGGAAAGGGCUUUGGGAGUUGAGGCCGUUAGGAAAUUUCCAAAUGACACAGGAAAGGUUUCUGCACAUCCUGGACCCAGCAAGACAGCUGUUACUGCUCCAGAGAAGCCAGAGAGGCCAGCCUGGGAGCGGGAGAUGGCCUGUCCCUGGGAAAGUUUGGAUCCAGGCGGCUCCUCUUGGCAUUCAGACUCUCUGGGCACAGAGAGACCAAAAGCUGGAUUCCAGGAACUGGACCACGUGGGCUCCCGGGCAGCUGAGGUGUGUCCUUGGGAAGUGGAGGAGGCCCCUGCCAGUGAGAAAGCCAAGAUCUGUCCCUGGGAGGUGAAUGAAGGAGCUUCUGGGACGGGACUGGACCAAGAGAGGAGGAGUGACUUAGCAGGGCAGGGGGAGAAAACUCUAGAAAAGGAGAGAAUCACCUCCUUGGGAGAAGACAUACCAAAAUGGGAGACAAAACAGAGUCAAGAGCAGGAAGCUGUUUGUCCUUGGGAGAAGGGCUUGAGGGAACCCUUGGCGAAGGGCCCUGAGUUCUCAGACUCAUCCGUCAGCGUGAGUUGUGAAGUGGCUGAGGGACGUUCCUUGGAAGUGAGGGAUGAGGCAGCAGAGAAAAGGCGCCUGACACACGACCCAAAGACGGGCUCCCUCCCAGGACACAAAACCCCAGAAAGAGCUCCAUCCUCAAAAGUAGGAGAAUUCACUACUGACGAUGAGGGAAAAGCAAGCGAUGAGUUACACUCUGUCUGUCCCUGGGAAAGCAUGGCCCCGGCAGGCACUGUCUCUCACCCUGGCCAUCAGGGCCGUGACCAACCUACAGCUGGCUCUCAGACACUAGCCAGCGUCGGGGGCAGGCUCACUGAGGUAUGCCCAUGGGAUGCUCCUGCCUUAGAUGCUCCUAAACCUGACAGCAGCACCAAAGCUGCCAUCUGCCCCUGGGAGGUGCCUGAAAGGGCCCCAGACAAAGGGAUGGCAAGCCAGGAUGGAAAAGGGCCACCUCAAGAGGAGAAGGUUAGAGCCCCGGGAAGACCAGAGCCCAAAGCUGUGGCGGUUCAGGAGAAGCCAGAGAGGGCAGAUGGGAAACAGGAGGCGGUGUGUCCCUGGGAGAGUCAAGACUGUGGGGAGCUGUCUCCACAGCCAGCCCCGCGAGCUUUUGACAGGCGUAAAGGCAGUUCGGAGGCAGCAGGCAGUGUGGGGGCCAAGGUGGCAGCAGUGGGUCCGUGGGAAGCAGAAGCAGCUCCAUCUGCUAAAGAAGUGGAAAUCUGCCCUUGGGAGGUGAAUAAGGAAGCUGCAGAGAAAGGAGGACUGGGGCAAGAGGUGGACGGAAAGUCCCGAGGGCAGGGAGAAAUGAUCCUUCAAAAGACAGCCUCUGGAGGGACAGAAGAACACAUUUACAAAGCAGCAGCAAAAGUCAGCCGAGAGCAGGAGACCGUGUGCCCCCAGGAAGGCAGAGGUUUGGGGGCACCCUGCCCCCAGCCAGACACUCCCAGCACUGGCCAUCCCCCAUGCAGUCCCCAGGGAGCCAGCCGUGCAAGGAGCAGGAUGGCAGAGGUGUGUCAGUGGGAAGUCACAGAUCCAGAAGGGAAUAAGAUAAAGGGCACCAUGGCAGACUUCUGUGACUGGGAGGGAACUGGAGUGCCAUCUGAGGAAUCCGGCCUUCUGGCUUCAACAGCAACUCAGAAGGAAAUAUUUUUCCCCACAGUCCCUGAGAACCCACCAUGCCUUUUAGUCCACAGUCCUCCAGGUAGCUCCCUUCCAGAAAGCAAAAGCACCCGCCCUGAGGUGAGUAAGGCAGGCAGUACUUUUACUCCGGAAGGUGUCAGAGAACUCCAAGGAGCCUCAGGACAUGGGCCGAGGACAAGCUCAGCCCCAGAGCCGAGUCACCAAGAAGCUGAGGUUCAGGAAUCCUCCUCAACUGUGGACCAAGGAGAAGGGGUUUCUACAGCUCCACACGAAGAACUCUCCCCGCCAACAGUCUAUCCUUGGGACUGUGAGUAACAAUGCCAU